UUGAACGAGGUCAAAAUCUUAUUGAAUAAUUAUACAGGAUUUUGUAAAGCAGUGUAUUUCAAACUACUGUUUAUAACUAAAUAUUUUAUUUUUCAUUGAGACACCGCCCUAAAAGUGUCAAGGGUGGGGGUUUGGGGUUACACACCAUCCAUAAAUUAGACCCCAGGACCCUUUACUUUGGAGAGAAGCAAGAAUGGCUGGAGUCGACUUUUACUCUGCAUCAUGUGAGUACCCACAUUUAUUUGAGUUUCUUUUUCUAAUUCUCUGAAAUAAAUACACUUAACGCAAAAGCCUGUUAAAGCUAAAGUUUUUUUUUUGUUUUUUUUUAAACAGAUACGCCCAGCACUCAAGUCAUGAACGAUGUUCUAGAGAUCUUGACAACUGAUGAAGAGCUGGUGCCAAGUCUACCAACGAAUCCACAAACACCAGAGCAAGUGCGGAUCAAUCCUGCCGAGGAGAGCGCAAGCUUAUCGACACCUACACUUAUUUGGCCAGAAGAACCAGAAAAAACUUUUGAAGAGGGGAAAAAAUCCCGCCUAAAGCAAAAAAAGGAGACUUUUUAGCGAAUCAGGUACUGAGAACCACGUGGCAGAGAGGGCCUUGGGAGAAACGGUGGUGAAACAGAUCACAGCACAAAAACCUAUACAGAUUGAAGAGUGCGUAACAGCUGAGGAAACCAAUAAACAGACCAGAGAAUCACACCUCCAGGAGCAAACAGUUGAGGAAGCCCCUGGACACAGAGAGGACGGCAGCGCUGAGGAAAGAAAACAACAGGCCCGAGAAUCACACCUCCAGGAGCAAACAGCGGCCCAAACAAUUCUCCAGAAGCCAGGGGACACCGAAAGACGGCCCUUUAAGGUCCCCGCCCAUUUGGAAGCUCUGAAAAUCUUCAAUCGUGAGUUACAUUUGGCUGAACAACGUCUCGCGGUGUUGAAGGAGUCUGAGUCUCAUCUGUUUGAACAGUGUCUCGCAGUGCUGAAGGAGUCUGAGUAUCGUUUGUCAGAACAACGGCUUAAGGUGUUUCAGACAAUCUUUGAGAAAUAUUAGAAAUGGCACAGAGGCAACAACCAGAGCAGUUAGGCAGGGCACACAGCACAGAGAACAUUAACUCACAAAUUUUACAUGCAAUUCAAGCUAUAACUCAAAACAACAGCCCACAAGCUGCUGAAAACAUUCCAAAUGUUUUUAUAAACCCAAAUCUGCUACAGCUUGUUAACAAUAUUAACCAUGACACUAACGACAUGCAUGAAAUGGCUGGUGAUUACUUUGAUCGGUUGAACGAGGCUUUGGCAAACCUUACCGCCGGUGAUGGUGCACUAACCCCUGCAGCAGACUCUCUUGGUUUUCUGAACGAUGCUUUAGAGCGGCUAAACCAGGAAGGGGGGAAUCUUAAUGAAUCACCACUAACGCCUACCUCUGAUAACCCACAAGGUUCUGACGAUGUGCAUGCUGCCGCUGCUAAUAGUAAUGAUGAUGAUGAUGGUGUGGUGACUUGUGUUCCUGACAUGGUGGUGGUGCAAAGGCCCUCCUUUAAUUGUGUCGAAAUUAGGCAACGGUUUAACUUUGCAUCCUUGCACGACGUGGACAGCUAUGAGGACUUCUAUAAUGUGUUGCUAAACUUACUUGAUCAUGUAUUGCAUAGAGCUAUGCAGCUGGCUAGACCCAACGACGUGAUUCAGCUGGAGUUGCGUGGUGACUCCCUGUCUGAGGGUGUGUCCAUAAUUGCUAAUGGUGCUAGUGUGGAUCUGGACACAUUUUUGGGAAUGGUUGGGGAUCUGGUUCAGAGCAAUUUUGAAAUCCUUUCUGAUGAUACAUUGGAACUGGUGGUUCAGAUAGUUCAAAACCCAAAUGGUGGUACCCGUAGAAAAAUAGCCACAUGUCUCAGAAAUGAGGUUUUAAGAAAAAAACUACGGAAUCUAUUUGUAAGCCACAACGUUGAGAAUAACCUCUGCUUUGCCAUUUGCUUGUCUCAGAUGUUAAACCCGGAAUUCACGUUAGAGCAGGUGGAGCAAGACGCCAUACAUUUGCAGACGUCUGUAGGCCUGGGCGUGCAGGAUAUGGUGUCUUUUUCAGACAUACAAAAGUUUGAACAACUGUUAAAGGUCAAAAUUGUUGUGUGGUACCGUAAUGCUCAGAAUGUCUUUCGCAAAUUUCAAACAAACCCAGAGCCGCAUCCAAAAACCCUGUUUUUGUCCUGCGCCGUGUCUGAACAUCAAGGCAAAUGUGUACAUUCUGACGAGGAGCGUUCUCUCACCGGAGUCUGGUGUAGUAUCAAACUAGCCAAGGCUGUUGAGAAGGGCUCCCCCCUCUGGCCCAAUGGGGGACACUUCAGAACGUCCUCCCAAGGGGUCAUGGACACUUUCCCAAAUGGUUGGUGCCGGAGGUCCAGGGUCGUAGGGCUGAUGGUGGAAAUAACUGGGAAGGCUGAUAUCAAGGGUUGUGUGGGUUGA